AUGCAAGAGACCGGUGAACUUUGGGACAGCCCAAGCAUCACCUCUUACAUCAACAAUGUCUCCCAAAUCCAACCAUCUAUCCCCUUUAGCCGUUUACCUCCCGUCUUCGUUGACACCACCCCAUGUCGAAGCCGCGCUGCCAUAGCUUUCGACUCCAUUCGCCUCAACGGGCCUCACGUUCUUCAAUCACUCAAAGAAAUCUCAAAAACUGGUAAAACUAGCGCUUUCAUUAUUGAUCUUUUCUGCAGUUCUGCCUUUUCCUUGGCUAAAGACCUCAAGAUCCUAACUUACUACUUUUUUCACUUCGGCAAGAGCUUCAAAGACCUCAAAGAUACUAUUCUUCAUUUCCCUGGUAUGCCACCAUUGAAAGCUAUUCACAUCCCAGAACCAAUGCUUGAUAUAGAUGAUCCUGCUUAUCAUGACGUGGUCUAUUUCUGUUCAUGUCCUUCUAAAGCCGAUAGGAUCAUAGUUAACACAUCUGAUGAUCUAGAGCCGAAAGCAAUUGAUACUCUUGCAAGUGGCAUAUGCGUUCCUGAUGCAUCAACCCCAGCUACUUACAACAUCGGCCCUGGGGCAACCAAGAGGCAGCGUGGUGUUUAUGUGCUCUGGAAGCAGCGGAUGGAGCAAGUUCAAGAAAUGCCUAAUGGGUUAGAGAGAAGUGGUCAAAGGUUCUUGUGGGUGCUCAAGAAUCCAUUCGAUGCUGGAAAAACGAAUCAAACCGAUGAUGUCAUUGAUGAUUUUGCUUUGGAUGCAAUUUUGCCUGACGGGUUCUUGAAGAGAAUUCAAGAUAAGGCUUUGGUGGUCAAAUCAUGGGCACCACAAGUCGCAGUGCUGAACCACGGCUCAGUUGGUGGGUUUGUGACGCAUUGUGGUUGGAACUCGGUGCUAGAAGCGGUGGUUGCAGGGGUGCCAAUGGUGGCUUGGCCACUAUAUGCAGAACAACAUCUAAAUAGGAAUUUAUUGGUGGAAGAUAUGAAGAUGGCUAUUCCAGUGGAGAAAAGAGAUGAGGAUGGAUUUGUGAGUGACAGUGAAUUGGAGAAACGAGUUAGAGAAUUGAUGGAAUCAAAUAAAGGAAGAGAAAUGAGAGAAAGAAGCUGGAAAAUAAGAGGGGGCUUAUUGAUGCGUGGGGAGAGUCUGGUUCUUCUAUCAAAGCCCUUGCUAAGCUGGUUGAGGCAUGGAAGCAAAGUUAAGAACCGAGACUUCUUGGUGAAAAUCAAGUCCUUUUCUCGCUUAUGA